AUGGACGAGAGCAGCAAUGAUAACCCCGAGGGAGAUCACACAACUGCACCUAGCGGAAUGCCCGGUGCUGACGAAUCCGGCAACCAACCAGCGACGGCAUGGGCACGUGCCCAAGGCUUCACAGUGUCGCGGACGGGAGAGAACUUUUCGGAGAAACCCCCCACCCUGUUCACGGUGGACGAGAAGCAAUUGGAGCCUGACGAAAUCGACCGUGUUGUCGUCCUGGGCCGAUUCAACUUGCCCGUCUCCAAAGUCCGGGAAAUCAUGGAUGCGUUGUAUCCAGAACGGAUGUUUUGUCCCAGAUUGCUAUCUCGGUUAAAGGACAGAGGCCGGGUCCUACACCUUGGUCCGGAAGUGGACAGCAUGGGCCGCUUUUUUGAAAUGGGUUAUGGUAUGAAAGCCACCGGUGGCGUGUUCCACGUCAACCUAACGACAACAUUGCAGUUUAAAAGUGUCGACAUGCAGGCCAUGAAGCGGAACGAAACUCAAAGUCAACGAGCCGACAGCAAAGCACGAACAUGCCAUCGUUCUGUUAAACUACCCGAAGUCGAAGCGCAAACACUGGCGUGGGUUCUCUGCUGCGAGGAACUGGACCUCUGCGUCACCGGGAAACAAUGGCAAUCUCACAACAACUGGCUGUGUCGGCAUCGCGUCAAAAUCCUACUGGAAGGGUUGGCUGCACAAAUUUCAACGAAAGCGUGGACUCACCAGCAAAAUCUAACAUGGCGAAGCUGCUUCCAUGCCGCUUGUGGCGCUUCCACGCCGCUUGAGGCUGUUUCUGUGGGCCGCCAACAGAUACUACAAGAAACAAGUGGUUACAAUCCCCAGGACAUAUACAACAUGGACACAGAGACAUCGUUCUUCAACUGCUUGGCUCCACAUCGCUCCAUCACACGCAACCGAGUGCCUGGCACAGAGAAGUAA